AUAGUGGAACUAAUUAAGCCACCCAUGGAGCAGCAUCCAGGCUGUGUCUGCUCAGGCUGCCCCAACCAGGGUCUAGGAUCUGUUCAUUCAUACUGGUGGGAAGUCAACAAUAGCCCUACUCACUGGCUAAGCACCCUGUCCAUGUGGUCUCUCUUUCACAAUGCUAAGACAUUCUGGUCCCCUGCUGCUAGCCUCUAGGUAGUGCAAAAGGUGCUGAGGCCACUGAGGAGGGGGCACUUUUAGGUUAGAUUGAUUGUUUUUCUUUUCUUCUGAAGGUAAUAGGGAAGAGAGAGGUUAGUUAUAAUAGUAUAUCAAGAUUCCUUCCAACUCCCACACAUACAUACCUCUUUUUCUCAUACACAAAAUGGCAGACCACUGCUUGUCAUCCCAGAUUUUCCACACACAAGGAAGAAGCAUUCGAUAAAUUGGAACACAUACUCUAUUUUUUAUUGUAAUUAUCCAGCCUGGGAAAGGGAAUGAUUUUGAAAGAAGAGAAUUGGAGAAACAGACUAGGGUACCCCUAGGUUUCUUAGAUCUAUAUCCUGUGGAAACUUGAUUUUCAAUAAAAGCUUUGUUAAGAAUAUUCUUUUUUACUUCAAUGCUUCAUUUAAUUUAUUGAUGGGAGGGUUUUCCUGAAUUUCAAAUAUUUACAGAACAAGAAAAUUUGCCACCCUAACAUCUUUCCUAGAGUCAAUUACAUGAGGGAUUCAUGAAAAAAAUUAAUGGAGCUACUAUUGGGGAAAUAGAAUUAAAAGCAAAAUCUCCUGCUAUUUCAGAAAACCUCUCCACAAAAAUAGAAGAGAAAGAAAACACUUUUAUUUCUGAAUAAAUAUUCAAGCAGAAUGUAAUGCACACCACAGGCACACCCUUAAAGAGAUUACUAAAACAGAAAGAAAUCUUCCCCUUUUAUAUGCCAAGAAGAUAGCCUCCAUUGCACACAUUUUCUCAAGACGAAACAAUGACUAGUAUUCAAAUAAGAGGACUUGACAGCACCAUUUGUCACAUAGAGUUUAUCUGAAAUUAUUUUUGUAAUAUAUUUGCUAAUUGCCCUUAACAACUAAUUUCCCCUUUCUUUUUGAUUGGAGGUAGAUUUGCAAUUUGGAGACAGGUAUCAACUGAAGUUAGACUCCAGAAAAUUGUAUUCUGGAAUACUUGAGCAUGGAAACUGCACAUGGACAUUAGGGUGUGUGCUCUGAGAUAAACUAAAGCUACAGUGAGAGAACAUAACCAAUCCCAAAGAUAAUUUCAAAGAACAAUGACAGCAAAGGUUAGGUGGGAGUAGUAUUUGACAAUGUUUAUUUGAUAUUGUCUCUCAGAGCUGCAAACUAGAUUAUACAAAUCAUUAGCAUCAGAUAGCUUUAAAGUUGUGACCUUCCUUUACAUGAAUUUUCUAGCCAGUUUCCUUUCCUUUGCAAGAGGUAACAAAACAUGAAACCUUAGAAUGUGUGAGUUCAGAUAUUAGGUAGGUAUAAGCAGGCUCUCUGUCCAGGGAUGCUUUCUGUCUUGCAGGGGCUAGUCAGACUUGUGUGUUUUUAUUUUAUUCUCGCAUUUGUGUUUUUUUAGAAAAGUGAAUGGUCGAUAAUGGCUUAUCUUUUAUAAUAAAAUCUUCCAUUUUUAAUAAGGUGCUCCUGGAAAUCCCUCACAGAGCCAAAAGGAAGUUUGGAGAGCAGCUGUAAGGAUAAGAAUGAUGUGGGGUGAAUCUGGGGUUACACAGCUAGUGUGCCAGAAACACUAGUGUGUAAAAGUGUUCCAUUGUGGAUUUGAUUUACACUUCCCUAAUGACUACAAUGUUUAGCAUCUUUUAACGUUCAUCUGUGUAGUUCCUUUGGUGAAAUGUCUGUUCAAAUACUUUGCCCGUUUUGUUAUUGGGUGUUUGUUUUCAGAUUUGAGGGUUGUUGAUACUAUAUUUUCUACAGGUCUGUGGCUUGACUGUUUUAACCUCCUUCUGACUUUUCUAAGAUGACAACGUGAUUUAUAAACGUAACUAUCUGCAGUGGAAAAACUCCCAUGGCCCAUCUGUAAUUUCAGACCUGGGAUUCCCCAGAGGUUUGAAGCUCUCAUUGACGGGUAGUUGCUGGUUAUGGCCAACAGCCAGGUUGAUUCAGGCACUGACAUGUUAGGACAUUCUGCAUGUGGGUGCCUCUGACACUCCUCCCCCAGCCUCUUCCUCCCCUCUGCAGAGACACCCUUCUCCUUUCUGCUGUCUCUGCAUGGGUGGCCAGAGCCACACAGCCCUUUCUUUAAGUCAGGAGUUGCCCUGUCAGAGCACAAGGCAAGAAGGAAUUGGUAAAGGGACGGAGGGGAAGCCCUGAGAGGACUGAGAGGAUGGGAAACUCUCUGCUGAGAGAAAACAGUUUCAGGCGGCAGCAGAACACUCAAGAGAUGCCUUGGACAGUGAGAAUGCAAAGCCCCAAACAGAGAACAUCCAGAUGCUGGGAUCACCAUAUCGCUGAAGGGUGUUUCUGUCUUCCAUGGAAAAAAAUACUCAUUUUUGAAAAGAGGCAAGAUUCCCAAAAUGAAAAUGAAGGAAUAUCAUCUACUCCCACCCAGGACAACAUUGACCAGACCUACUCAGAGGAGCUGUGCUAUACCCUCAUCAAUCAUCGGGUUCUCUGUAGAAGGCCAUCAGGGAACUCUGCUGAAGAGUACUAUGAGAAUGUUCCCUGCAAAGCGGAGAGACCCAGAGAGUCCUUGGGAGGAACUGAGACUGAGUAUUCACUUCUACACAUCCCUUCUACCCCUAGGCAUGCCCGAUCCCCGGAAGAUGAAUAUGAACUUCUCAUGCCUCACAGAAUCUCCUCUCACUUUCUGCAACAGCCACGUCCACUUAUGGCCCCUUCUGAGACUCAGUUUUCCCAUUUACAGUGAAGUGGUUGGACUAGCAUUUGUUUAGCACCAACAAAUAAAAGGUGGGAUGGGGGAUCUGCCUGAAGCAGGGAUGGGACACAAACUCCCUCCAGCUUAUCUCCCACAACAACCCUUUCCCUGCAGAGCACGGUUUGUAUACCACAAGCCCUCUUAGCAUGCAAAAGCCAAAAUCUAAAGAUCGGCCAUUUAUCCUGAACACCACCAUUUGAGAAAGAGGUAACCAUCUUUGGUUCUACAUGGUUUGGAGAGUAUAGUGGUAGGAGGGGCUCCCUGAUUCCCCUAAAGCUAUGCACACCACAAGGGGCUCUGCUCUUCUGUCUGGGAUCUUCUUAUAAAGCGUUCCCAUGAUUGUUCUCUAAAGUCACAAGGAAGCUUUACUCAUCAUACUAAGUGUGCCCAACGGGGAGUUCACUCAUUACGGUGACCUUCCAGCUCAGCCCCCACCCCAUGGGAGCCUGUGUUGCUCCUCUCACUCCAUGUGUCUAAGUCAUGUCUUUUACAUAGUGUCCUUUGACCUGUUGGCCCCCAUGGUCUGUUUAGUUAUGUGAGUUGAAUCAAGAGGGUCUAGGCCAGAUGUUUACAUAAUUUUAACCUAUAUGAUUUUAUUUUUAACUUUGUAUUUCUCCCUAGAAAUCUUAAUAAGACAAUUAUACCAUCAGACAAUGUUAAGAAGAAAGAUCCUUGGAGAUCCCGUAAUCCCACUAUCCUUUUUUGGUUCAGAGAGGAUAAUUUGCCUAAAGAUACAUUAAAGUUAGUGGCGAAACUUAAUUUGGAGCCUGAUCUCCUACUGACUUCCAAUUUAGUGCUCGCCCAGUAUGCUACAUAGAAAGCCCUCUGCAAUAUACUAAAUGUAUAUAUUUAAUAAUGUCAUUUAUAAAAUAUGAAUAAAAUGUCCACAUAGGAAAUUAACACGUA